ACAAUCACAACGGCUAGGUGUCAGUUCGCCAAUGGGGUGAGUAAAUAAGGGUGUUGUUGCUCCUCGCGAGAGGUCCGACGGGAGAGGAGACGGAGUGAUCGAACGGAAAGAUGCGCAAGAUGAAAGACGCAUGUCGCGUGUCGGCCGAAGAGAGGAAAGAAGGAAGGGAAGAAAAAACAAUGAUGAUAUCCCCGCGUCCUAUCCAUGUCGGACUUUGGAGAAAAGGUGUCAUGGACCAUCGUAAUUUGCUGUUGUUUCGGCAGAGCACCAUCACCUCAAUUUUCCUGUCUUCUUUUCUUUUCUCGUUUUCUUUUCACAUCAGGAUGUACUUACCCCAUUAUCUUUUCUUCAAUAUUCCAGUCAUAUUUUGUCAUUUCUCCUCAUAUUCAUAUUUUAUAUAGCUAGUUAUCUCAAAGGCUUGAUCGACUUCGCUUGCCCUCUGCUGCGUGUGUCUGACGGCGGCAACCUGAAUCGACUCCAUCAAGUUUCAGGAGUGCACGAACCCUAGAGUAUCCAAAUUCCGACAGUCUAGGUAAGGGGAGU